CAAUCAUUGAAGAGCUGCUGCAGCAGUGGCAUGAUGGUGCUUUGAGGACUACUCUACCAUGCAGUCCACCAUGAAUUUCAAUGGACUUGAGCGCAGGGCCAGCCAAGACAAUUACAUUGUGGAUAAUACUCUGAGGAAGAAGUGUUCCCUAUGGUACCGGCGCUCACUGAGGGGAAACAGUGACAGACCAAGGCAGAAUACUGGCUCUCUGCCCAGAGUGCGCAAGGCAAAGCAUUCCUACUCCACCUCACUGGUUGAUUAUUCAGACCCACAAAGGACCACAAUUGUCCUUGAAAAGCACGACAAUGAAACAUUUGGAUUUGAGAUUCAGACUUAUGGGCUGCAGGUGAGGGACAGCUCUGCAGUGGAGAUGUGCACGUUUGUGCGUAAGGUGCAGGAGGACAGCGCUGCUGAGAGUGCUGGUCUGACCGCAGAUGAUAUCAUCAUCACUAUCAACGGUGCCAGCAUUGAAGGAUUGUCUCAUGAACGCGUACUUGACCUAAUAAGAGAAUCUACCAACAAGCUAAAGGUGGAGACUGUAAGUGGAACUGUAGUGAAGCAAAUUGAGUUGGAGAAGAAGCUGAACCUGCUUAAGCUAUCGCUACGUGAGAAAUUGGUGGAGCUGCAAGCGCUGACAUUACAGGAAAAGCGCCUCAUGCGAGGUAACAUGAACAGCAGCAACCACCAGCUCCCCCUGGACUGUUCAGCCAUCCUAAACUCCCCCACAGGCCGCUAUGGCUGCCGAUUCUCCAGCGACAGCAGCUUCAGGAGCGUGAUGACUGAUGACAGUGACCAGGCCAGUGUGUUUGGGGACCUGUGCUCUCCCAGCCCCUGUAGUGCAGCCAGCACCACAGAUGAUGGCUGCUUCUUCUCCAGAGAUUUCUCUGAGCGCGGCAGCUCCAGCAGGUUGUCAUCAAGCUCCAGCCAUCAUCAUCCUCAUCACAACCAACAUCCACCACUCAGUCGCUCCAGCAGCUCCAGUUUGGCCUCCAGCAGCAGCUCUCUCUCCUCUCCUUCCUGGGAUGAAACAAGGAUCUCCUCCUUAUUUGGUACCCUGCCCCGUAAAAGCAGGAAAGCCAGUGUUCGCAAGCACAUCUUCAAGUUGCUUCCUGGACUUCAGCGAUCAGUGGAAGAGGAGGAGACGAACACUCAGUGACAUGUUGUUCUCAUGCUCCCUGUAUCUACUUGGUACUGAGGGCUAACAAGGUUUCUCAUUAUGUGAACCAGUAGCAGAAAGAAAGAGACACUCCAAAUGAAGUGCUACUUCUGAAAUGAACUUUGCAACCUGUUACAGAAGAAGUGUUCCUUUUAAAUGGGAAGGACCAGGGGCAGAUCUAGACUUUUUCACUGGGGUGUUCAAUUCAAUUCAAUUGAAAAUACUUGAUGUAUCCCCAGAGGGCAAUUAAAAGGCCAGAGAGCAGUGGUAUAACAAAGUUGGUUACCGACUAGGGAUGUACAUUUUAAGCAUUUUCCAUGAUCGAUUUUUGGAAAUGUUAACGAUCAAUUAUUGAUUAAUCAUUUAAAAAAAAACAGUUUUACUCUUGUGUUAAAAACAAAGCCAAAUACGUUGUUUUUCCCCUAAAUUAUAUUUUCUACAGCAACAAAAUGCAUGUAACUGACAGUCUUAAAUACGGGUACAUGUUUAACACUGAUUAUCAACAAUCAGGCUCAUAAAAAUAUACUCUGUGGACACAGUCUUAUAAUGUGAAGGCUCAUAAUACUAACAGAAAAGUACUUCCGACUCACAGUGUCAAGUUUUCUGUCUACUCAUUCUUAUUGAGAAAAAUAAACGUGUGUAUUUGAUCAGGUGUCAGCCGGGAGUGCAACCAGGUCAUAAUCAGUCAAGUGUCAGAAAAGCUCAGACGGCUCUGAUGUUGCUGGUCUGCAAACAUAGCGUACUAACAACUCCCACCAGUCUGUUGGAUUUUCCAUCUAAAAGUAGGAAAAUGUCCUGUUUAAAGUUGUCAACCUUCGUGUCGUUGUUGGCAACAGAUGCGUAUUGAUCCUCUUUAAAAAGCGGAGACCUGACGCACAGCCCCAGCCGCCAGCUGAGCGUCUCCGCUGUGCGCAACACCUUAAACAGUUGAUUCACAUCGAAACAUGCUUUAAGGUUAAAACACCUCCCUGAUAGCUGAGUGUAAUAUGAGACCACAUGAUGUUUGUUCCACGUGACGGAAAAUUGAAAACAAAAAUGUAUGUUUUGAGUAAUGUCUUAACUACAACUAAUCCAUAAUCGAUUAAUUGUGUGCAUCCCUAUUACUGACUUAUAUUUCCCCCCUCUAUCACCGUUUAUCAUACUUUACCUGCUAACAAUAAAGUACCCAAAAAAUGUUA